UCCGCAGCCAUGGCCUCAGCAGGGGCUGAGAAGCGGCCAGGGGCCCAAGAGGGAACAGCAUUGGGACAGUCACAGCUUACGGAGGUGCCUGGUGGCCAUGCGCAGAAUUCUGAGUGUCCAGUUAUGGGAGACCAGUGCCUAGUGCCAGCCCAUGAAGCCUGCCAAACCCAGGGUGAAGACAAGUGUCCAACAGGGCCAGUCUCAGAGCCAAAGAUCCAGGAGGAAAGACUCAAGCUGGAGGAAGAGAGGCACAAGCCAGAGGUGCAGGCACUAGAGGAGAAAGGCCCCAGGCCUAUGGCCUCCAUUGUGAGGACCAGUCAUGGUCUGAAGAGGAAGCUGGUCAAGCUGGCUCCUCAGGACUUCUUGUCCCCUAGCCUCCCAGGACCUAGCCACCAAGCCCAUCCUAGGGCUGAAGCUGAGCUGCCACAGGGGAUGCCGCUGCAGAGGGAGGAGCGGGAGAGUAGCCAGAGUGAGCCCUUGCCGUCUGCCAAACAGCACAAAAAAGCCAAGAAGCGCAAGAGUGUGGGAACCCCAGUGCUCCCUGUGGUGGCCAGCACAGUGUCUGCGUCCUCAGAGACCUUAGGACUGGAGCGAAAGGCCCAGCGCCUGCGGCCCCUGUACCAGUACAUCAACUAUUGCAACCCUGAGCUGAACCAGGCACGGGAGGGGGACAGGGAGGCCGAGGCUGAGGUGAAGCCUGAGUCGGAGCUGGCCCUCAUCCCCAAGGAGACAGGUGUGGAACAACUGUAGGCCUUGCUGCCCACGGCAGGUGAGCUGGGCUCAGGCCUCACUUUGCCCUGCCCCAAUAUGUUCAUGACCCCCACCUACACUCUGGUUCCCCUGGGAGAGGAAGCUGGCGAGGAGCCUGGGGGUUUGCCCAGCCUGGGCGUCAGCGGUUGCCUCAAGGCUGAGAUGCUCAAGUCAACUCAGGUGGACACCAACAAGAUGCUAAGUGUCUGCGCUGCCCCACUUGCACCCCCACCCUCUCCUCAGUACAAGUGA